GCAGAGGCUGUGUGUGUUAACUGUUCCCCUGCGCUGGCUCUGUCUGCUUGGGCUCAGGGAUUGGUAAGGCAGGGGCUCCGCCCAGGCUUUGCAGUGACAGCAGGAAGUGAAACAGGCUGUUGCACUCAGGAAAGUAAAUUUACUUGUCCGGCUGCUCCCCUCUGCCCAGGAGCCAUGGCUGCGGGGGACCUGGCAGGGAGCAUCCAGGAGGAGCUGACCUGCUCCGUAUGUCUGGACUAUUUUACGGAUCCGGUGACUCUUGACUGUGGGCACAACUUCUGCCGCGCCUGCAUCGACCAGUGCUGGGGGGAGUCGGAGCCAAACUGCUGCUGCCCCCAGUGCAGGGAAACGGCCCCGCGGAGAAACCUGCGGCCCAACCGGCAGCUGGGCAACGUGGUGCAGCUGGUGAAGGGGCUGAGGCUGCAGGCGGAGAAGGAGCCCGAGGGGCAGCGCAUGUGCGAGAGGCACCAGGAGCCUCUGAAGCUCUUCUGCGAAGAGGACGAAGCCCCCAUCUGCAUGAUCUGCAGGGAGUCCCGGGCGCACAGAAAUCACACGGUGAUUCCCAUCGAGGAGGCUGCCCCCGAAUACAAGGAACAAAUCCGGAGCGGCCUCGAGCACCUGAGGGAGCAGAGAGAGGAGCUGCAGGGCCUGAAACGCGCCUGGGAGCAGGAGAGUGAAAGGCUCCUGAGGCAGACGGAUCUGGAGAGACAGCUGGUGGUGUCUGAGUGCGAGGGGCUGCGCAAGCUCCUGGAUGAACACCAGUGUCUCUUGCUGGCUCGGCUUGGAGAGCUGGAUGCAGAGAUUGUGAGAAGGAGGGAGGAAAAUGCUGCCCGCCUGUGUGAAGAGACUGCCCGCCUAAGCACCCUGAUCAUGGAGCUGGAGGGGAAGUGCCAACGCUGGCCUGAGCUCCUACAGGGUGUCCAAAGCACCGUAAGCAGGGGCAAGGAGGGGACACCUCUGCAUCCAGCCCCCAAGUUCCCUGAGCUGGAGAAGAGAAUCCAGGAUUUCUGUGAAGAAAACAAGUUGCAGGAGGCUGUGAUAGCGUUUCUGGUUACUCUAGGCUCUGAUGAAGAUGAUUUCCCUACUUUGCGAGACAUUCAGAAAAGUCUAAAGACUGAGUUAAAACCCUUAUAUGACAUAAAAGAUGUAAAAAGGGGUUCAAAUGGACAGAUUGUGAUAACUCUAUAUGCCAAGGAGGGAGGAAGAUUGAUUGUAACCACCUUUGACGACCCACGGUAUUUUAAGCCAACCAUCCUCUGGCCAUUGAGACAAUAUCCACCUCAAAUCCAAGGUGGGCAGCAAACCAUUGUCCAUGUCCCCAGGGAGACACACAGCAGCUGGCCACACCGCUACUGCGGGGACCCAGCAAAAGUCCCGGUAUCCACUUCAUCUGUAGAGUCGAGCGUAGAACUAUAUGGAGAUCCCAACGCUCCCAUGUUCCGGCUCUUGUUGAGCCCAUUGAUUGGGGAACCCCUGGGAAAUGUUUUAAGCUCCCUAGGGAAGCUGACCAACGCCCAGCAAGAACAACAUACGCAGAAGGUCGCUGCUGCCGCAACACAAUGGACAGCCGUGCCGAACAAACCCCGCAGUACGGGACCACCGGAACGAUCUCCGGAAGAACGGGCCAUGUUCGGGUUCCUCCUUAAUAAGAGCGGCCUGACCAAGGCACAAAUCCGCCAUCUGGGAGACACGGCCCAACGGGCCCUGGCGGAGAGACUGGGCUUCAUGUUCCGCUCGGGAGACAGCGAAAAGGAAAAAAAACAGUAGCGGUCGCCGAGACGGGCUCCGCCGGC